ACAUGUAGCUGAAUGCUGACUACUCGUCAAGCUCUAGCGAGACGUCUGUACUUAUAGCCUCUUGUCAUUUAAGCUUAUUUUAAUUUUAAUCGCUGUGUUUAAAAACAGACGCGCAACACCUACUCGAAAUAGAAGUGGUUGGUCGUGAGCUGAGUUAGCUUUAGCUUUGUUUACUUUUCGGAUAUGCUAGCUGGUUAGCAAACGAUAAUUUCAACACAUAGGAUACAUAGCUAAGGACAUGGCGCUGUGGAUGACAUGUUGGACGCAGAAAACAAACUUCUUGCUGACAACCUGGCCACCAAAGUCUCCAGACUGAAAUCGCUUGCCUACGACAUCGACAAAGAAGCAGAUGAACAGAACUCGCAUCUGGACGGCAUGGACUCCGACUUCCUCAGCACCACCGGACUGCUGACGGGCAGCGUGAAGAGGUUCUCCACCAUGGUGCUCUCGGGCAAAGACAACCGCAGGGUCCUGUGCUACAUCUCCGUGGGGCUGGUGCUGGUCUUCUUCCUGCUCUACUACCUGGUCUCCAGGGCUCAGGCCUAGCGAAGAAAUACAAAAUUAAAAACUUUAUUCCUCCUUAAAGGAGGACGGUCGCCGGCUCGCGUUCUCAGUUGUAUGGGAAUUUUACCUUUCCCCCCCAAAGGACGCCUGGUCCUUAUUAACAUGAAAUUGUGCUGAAAACUCCCCCAAGGUCUGGAGAGAAAAAUGGUGUUUGUUGUGCCUGAAGCUUUCCUUAGUGGGUGUGGAGCACGAGGGAAUUUUGGCACGUGCGUUACCUUUAUCACCUGUGCUGUCCUACUUUGUGAGUGCUCUGGAUUUACUUUAAUGAGAUACAAGAACGGGGACAGGAAUCGGUAAACACCCUAAUGGGAUGUUUUAUAGAGGUUCACCUGGUGUCAAAAAAAUAGAUUAAAUCUCUUUGGUGUGAAGCUACUUUUUUUCUAAAUUUCAGGGGCAGGAAACAAGGUGCUCAGUGACACAGAAAGGCACCUGUUAAAGUUGGAGAACGUGGCUUUUUUUCUUGUUCUUUUCUUCCCACUGGGGUUUUUUUUUAGGGUUCAGGUAUGAUUUUUUUGCCAAAUUUAUCUUACUGUUUCCAGUGUAAAUCAUUUGUGUAAAUUUGUGACGGUGUCUUUAAAUAAAAUUGAAUUGAAGUGAUAGUAGGAGUCAUGGAAACCAUCUGUUGGGCCAAAGGUAAAACAGGUAUUUCUGCAAAAUGUACUCAUUGGAAUGUGGGGGUUUUGGGGGUCAUGCAUUUUUAACCACCAACCCUCGCCCCGCUUAGGCAUGUAAUUACAAGAAAAAUCACAAGGACAGCAUUACUUAUUUAUUUAUAUUUUGAAAAUGUAUAGUGCUUUGUUUGGUCAAACUGUUGCAUAUGUAAACAAUUCUGCUAGCUGUUUAUGGUUUAAUAUGUCUAAUUGUAUAUUUCAUCUUAUCUUGGUUGGUUUAGGGACACCACUGUAAUAUCUCCCACAGAAAAGUAAUAUUUGCAAUAAAACAAAAGAGGA